AUGAGUUCUCAGCAGCAGAAGCAGCCCUGCACCGCACCCCCUCAGCUGCAGCAGCACCAGGUGAAGCAGCCUUGCCAGCCUCCACCCCAGGAACCCUGUGUCCCCAAAACCAAGGAGCCCUGCCAGCCCAAGGUGCCGGAGCCCUGCCACCCCAAGGUGCCUGAGCCCUGCCACCCCAAGGUGCCUGAGCCCUGCCACCCCAAGGUUCCAGAGCCCUGCCACCCCAAGGUGCCUGAGCCCUGUCCAACCGUCACUCCAGCACCAGCUCAGCAGAAGACGAAGCAGAAGUAG